AUGGGCGCUGCGCGCGCGCUGGACCGCUUGGAUCCGUAUGACCUGUCCAAUAAGCACGAUGUGGGAAGCAUGGAAGGAACUACAUGGCUGCUCAGCUCGGCGAAACCGGACUACGGCGCUGCGCAGCUGACGGACGACAGCUUGGAUACGCUCUGGCAGUACCGCGAGCUGUUUGAACCACAGGGCUGGUGCCACUUUUUUCUUGACACACCGGACCCAUUUGGCGUCGAGUCGUCUGUGGGCGUGGAGGAUAUGCAGCCCAUCGACGUGUUUGUGCUGCAAAUCUGCAUCCUCGGCAACCACCUCAACGGAAAGGAUACGCAUAUCCGCUCUAUGAAAGUAUUUGGGCCUUCUAGCCUUGAUGCGGUGCCGCCACCGCCCGCAGCGAGCAGCACAAUGCAGCUCUCGAUGGAGCGAUUGGUCGAGCAAGGAAUGCGCACCGACGCGUUUCAGCGCCAGGUCCUGCGUGUCGGAUACGAGCGUGCGACCCUACAACUGCGUCGUAUCAUGCAGCAGCAUGCGCACAGCGCACCCAGCACGCGUGCCCACGCGCCGCCACGCCGCUCGCUGCUCUCCCAUACCCUUCGAUAG